AUGCUCGCUUACAAAGAUGUGUGUACCAUUGGUACAGGCUUGAUCCUCAUUUCUAGUUCUUUCAUCAUGGGUGUGUUCUACGCCAACCAAACUUACGACUACCACCUCUUGUUUGGUCAAAACAUUGACCAAUCCCAUUUUGACAACAGUCUGCGCCACUACCAAACCUUGUACGACACUGCUUCACCUGUGCUUGGCGGUUUGGGAUUCAUUUCCGUUUUGGGUCUCAUCGGUUGUCUAAUCAAAAUCUACAAGCCAAACCCAGACUUACAGAUGUUUGAGUAUGCGUCCAUGAUAAUGUUUGUCGUUGGCAUUUGUCUAUUUAUCACUAAUAUCAAGACCGGCAUUGAAUCCUCUGUUUCCGGCAACUGGGGUGAGGUCACUGAGAACCAAGGAUUGGCAGUUAUAGCGUCCUCGAAUAUUCUCUUGUUAAUGGUGUUCAUCGGCGUUGUCGUUUUGCAAGCAGGCUUAUGGUAUUCGAACUGGGAGCAUCAACAGAGAUUGGCCAAAUUCUACGCCGAAGAAACCGCUGCGCCUGCCGAAGCACAACCUACUGAGGGCAAGAAAGAGAAAUAA